GCCGCCCUCAAGGACCUGCCCCGCCCUGCCCCGGCCCUUCCCUUGCCGGAGCCGCCUUUCACGGCCCCUCCGCUCCCGGAGCCGGCGGAGCCGGCGGGCCCGCCCGGGAGGAUGCUGCGCUGCAUGCCGCCGCUGUGGCGCUGUAACCGGCACGUGGAGGCGCUGGACCGGCGGCACUGCUCGCUGCAGGCGGUGCCCGAGGAGAUCUACCGCUACAGCCGCUCCCUGGAGGAGCUGCUGCUGGACGCCAACCAGCUGCGGGAGCUGCCCAAGCCUUUCUUCCGGCUCCUGAACCUACGCAAGCUGGGCCUGAGUGACAAUGAGAUUCAGAGACUUCCCCCCGAGGUGGCCAACUUCAUGCAGCUGGUGGAGCUAGACAUCUCUCGCAAUGACAUUCCAGAAAUCCCUGAAAGCAUCAAAUUCUGCAAAUCCCUGGAGAUUGCUGACUUCAGUGGGAAUCCCCUAUCCAGGCUUCCUGAGGGCUUCACCCAGCUGCGGAGCCUGGGCCACCUGGCCCUGAAUGAUGUAUCCCUGCAGAGCCUCCCCAGUGAUAUCGGGAAUUUGGCAAAUCUGGUGACUCUGGAGCUGCGUGAGAACCUGCUCAAGUCCCUCCCCACUUCGCUCUCAUUCCUCGUCAAGUUAGAGCAGUUGGAUCUUGGUGGCAAUGACCUGGAAGUGCUGCCAGACACUCUGGGAGCACUACCGAAUCUGCGGGAGCUCUGGCUAGACCGAAACCAGCUCUCGGCCCUGCCUCCGGAGCUGGGGAAUCUUCGGCGCUUGGUCUGUCUGGAUGUGUCUGAGAACAAGCUGGAGCAGCUGCCCAAUGAGAUCAGCGGGCUGGUGGCACUGACAGACCUACUGCUGUCGCAGAACCUGUUGGAAUGCAUACCUGCUGGGAUUGGUCAGCUGAAACAGCUCUCCAUCCUAAAAGUGGAUCAAAAUCGGCUGGCUGAGGUGACAGAGUCGAUUGGGGACUGUGAGAAUCUCUCGGAGCUCAUCCUGACAGAGAAUGUGCUGACAGCCUUGCCAAAAUCCCUGGGGAAGCUGACAAAGCUGACCAAUUUGAAUGUGGACCGGAACCGGCUGACAGCACUUCCCUCUGAGAUUGGGGGCUGUGCCAGUCUGAAUGUGCUGUCCCUGCGUGACAACCGCCUGGCGCUUCUGCCUCCUGAACUUGCCAACACCACGGAGCUGCAUGUGCUGGAUGUGGCAGGGAACAGGCUGCAGAACUUGCCCUUUGCCCUGACAAAUCUCAACCUGAAGGCCCUGUGGCUUGCAGAGAACCAGUCCCAGCCCAUGCUGAAAUUCCAGACAGAAGAUGAUGAGAAGACGGGCGAAAAGGUUCUUACCUGUUACCUGCUGCCCCAGCAGCCAUCUCCCAGUCUAGAGAAUCUCCUGCAGAACAGCGUGGAUGAAAGUUGGACAGACACCAACUUGAACCGGGUCAGUGUGAUCCAGUUUUUGGACGAGCCCAAAGCUGAUGAUGAUGAGGAGGCUGGAGCUGAGAAGAGAGGCCUGCAACGCAGAGCUACUCCUCACCCUAGUGAGCUGAAGGUUAUGAAGAAAGUGAUCGAAGUUCGGCGCAAUGAGAUAUAUUCUGCGAAGCCCGAUGUGGACCUGGAUUCUCCAAACUCGGAGGUGAAGAGGCUGAGUGCCAUGUCCAAUCGCAGCGAGGACUCGCAUGUCUCCAACAGCACUGUCUCUGCCAACUUCAGGGAGGAAGAGGAGGAGGAGUGGGGAGGGGGAGACAGGCUGAAUGGGCAAGUGCCCGAAACACAGGAGCUGGAGAAUGAGGCGAAGCCUGGAGCUAAAGAAGAGCAGGAGGUGGAGGCGGUGACUGGUCAAGAGGAGGAGCUGGAAGUGGAGUACAAUGAGCCCACAGUGCAUUUUGCCGAGGACACUCUGAUCCGGAGCGAGGAUGAGGAUGAGGAUGAAGACCAUCCGUUCCCAGUGGAGAAGCAGCGGCUGAUCCGCAAGGACACACCGCACUAUAAGAAACACUUUAAGAUCACCAAGCUGCCCAAGCCAGAGGCAGUGGUGGCGCUCCUGCAGGGGCUGAACAGUGACAGGGUCCCUGAGGAGGAGGAGGAGCUGGGGGGCUGCAAUAACAAUGCAGAGCCCGAGGAGCAGGAGGAGGCCUGGGACAAGGAUGAUGUGAAGAACGGAGCCUUGUCCACACAGACGUCAGUCAAGGGGGUGUCGUUUGAUCAAGCCAAUAAUCUGCUGAUUGAGCCUGCUCGCAUUGAGGAGGAAGAGCUGACCCUGACUAUCCUGCGGCAGACAGGGGGGCUGGGCAUCAGCAUUGCAGGGGGCAAAGGCUCCACUCCCUACAAGGGUGAUGACGAGGGCAUCUUUAUUUCCCGUGUGUCGGAGGAGGGCCCUGCAGCCCGAGCAGGAGUCCGUGUUGGGGACAAGCUCCUGGAGGUGAACGGAGUGGGCCUGCACUGUGCGGAGCACCACGUGGCAGUGGAGGCGCUGCGUGGCUCAGGCAGCUCCGUCUCCAUGACGGUGCUUCGGGAGCGGAUGGUGGAGCCCGAGAAUGCCAUCACGGUUACACCGCUGCGGCCCGAGGAUGAUUACAGCCCACGAGAGCCACGGGGUGGCCUGUGCUUUCCAGAGCGGCCUGAGGGGGCGCCGCCCACAGACAGAUUCUCCACCUGCCUCAUGCGCAAUGAGAAGGGGCUGGGCUUCAGCAUUGCCGGGGGCAAGGGCUCCACGCCCUACAGGGCAGGUGACACGGGGAUCUUUAUCUCGCGGAUCGCAGAGGGUGGUGCAGCCCAUCGGGACGGGACGCUGCACGUUGGAGACCGGGUCAUCUCGAUCAAUGGGGUAGACAUGACAGAAGCCAGGCAUGAUCAGGCAGUAGCGCUGCUUACCGCAUCCUCCCCCACCAUCGCGCUGCUGGUAGAGAGAGAGGGUGCACAGCAGCUCAGCGAGGGAGACUCACCAGUGGUGCAGCGAGUGCGCACGCACUCCCCACCACCACCUCCCAGCCAUGGGGAGAGCCCGCCCGAGGAGACGCCUCUGCUGCAAAGGAACCAUCUGCCCAAAGCCCUGGAGGACCAGUACCCCAUUGAGGAGAUCUGUCUGGUCAAAGCUGGGGGGCCCCUGGGGCUCAGCAUUGUUGGAGGCAGUGACCAUUCGAGCCACCCGUUUGGGAUUCAUGAACCAGGUGUCUUUAUCUCAAAGGUCAUUCCGCAUGGGCUGGCGUCCCGCAGUGGCCUGCGAGUAGGGGACAGGAUCCUGGAGGUCAAUACUAUUGACCUGCGCCAUGCUACCCACCAGGAGGCUGUGAACGCCCUGCUGUCCAGUACGCAGGAGCUGAGCAUGUUGGUGAGACGAGAUCCUCCGCCACCUGGCAUGCAGGAAAUCUGCAUUGAGAAGGCUCCUGGAGAAAAGCUGGGCAUCAGCAUUCGGGGGGGAGCGAAAGGCCACGCUGGGAACCCCUUUGACCCCACCGAUGAGGGCAUCUUCAUCUCCAAGGUGAGCUCCUCUGGGGCUGCUGCCAGGGACGGCCGGCUGAAGGUGGGGCUGCGGAUCCUGGAGGUGAAUCACCAGAGCCUGCUGGGAAUGACGCACACAGAGGCAGUGCAGAUCCUACGCAGUGUGGGGGACAAGCUCCUUGUGCUUGUGUGUGAUGGCUUUGACCCCAAGGCCGCGGCUGCCAUUGAGAUGUCCCCAGGAAUCAUUGCCAACCCCUUUGCAGCUGGCAUUGGCCGCAAGAACAGCCUGGAGAGCAUCUCCUCCAUUGACCGAGACCUGACCCCAGAGGAGCUGGAGAUCCUACAAAAGGAGAUGGAGAUGGUGAGGGAGGCGACUCAGUGGGAGAGAGAAGAAAUGGAGAAAGUGGAGAGGAUGCGUAGGGAGCGGGAGGCAGCCACGCAGCUCCUUGAGGAGGAGGCAGAGAAUAUCAGCAAUGAGCCUUUGCGACUGGACUAUCGGACCCUGGCAGCUUUGCCCAGCAAUAACUUACCAAGAGUCACCCGUGCUCUCGUUCAGUGUGAUCGAGCCAGCUCUGGAAUGGAGAGUGACUGCGCUGUGCUGCCUCGGCCAGUGGCUCUGGACAGCCAGAAUUCAGACCCUGACCCAAUCGCAGGCCUGAGCAGCACUGUAACUAGCCCACCCCAGGACCCGGGAUCACCUGGCAAGCACACAGAAAGGGCAGCCCUAGUCCUGCUGCACAUGCAGGAGCCUGUGGGCUGCCCCCUGACCCAGGACCAGCUGCCAAAGCCUCAGGAGCCAGAUCAAGAGAGUAUGGUCGACUCUCAACCAAUCCUCUUCAGUGAGAACCCCUUUGUGGUGGCUAAUCGAAGGGGGAAGGCAGCAGGCAAGGCCUGUCUGGGGGGCCCUCCCCUCGGCUACGGCCAGGGGGGAGUUCUGAAGACCAACCUUUACUCCAAGGCUCCAGCAGGCGAGUCUGGGCCUGGGAGCUCCAGGCGGGAUGCCUCUUACUCACCGAGCAGCCAGCAGCCACCUGCAGCCCUUCGGCCUGCUCACCUGUCAGGCAGGGAGACUCGCUUUGCUUCCAUAAACUUCAUCCCACCGCAAGAUGACAGCAAAUCACAGACCAAGCCGGGCGUCAUUCAGCCUCUCUCCCGGGUGCGACAAAAUGCUGCCCUGCCUAGUUCGGAGGGCAGAGACAGCCCCAACCCCUUCCAGCAACCUGAGUCAUGCUCCAGUGUCCAGAACUCUCUGCGUCCCCCCUCACCUCCCUCUCCUGAGGAUGUCCCAGUCAGUGUCAAGCAGGCAUACAAGACCUUUGCAGCGGUUCCCCUGUCACAGGCAAAUAAGGAGACAUAUGGUCAGACAAGCACCGAGAAACCUAAAGCUUCUCCUGAGAUGCUGUCGUCGGGGGGACUGCACAGCCCAGAACAGCGAUCCUUCCGUGAGAGGCAAAAGUACUUUGAGAUCGAGGUGAAACAGCAGCAGGUGGAGAAGCCCCCCAAGCGUGUCUCCCUGGUGGGGGAGGAUGACCUGAAGAAAAUGAAGGAGGAGGAAGCUCGUAAACUGCAGCAGAAACGGGCUCUGCUGUUGGAGGAGGAGGAGGAGGAGGAAGAGGAGGAUGUGGGGAAGCAGAUGCCUGACAUGAGCAUGCAGUCCAGUGUCAUCAUCGAAGGAGUGGAGUACAAGAUCAAGAGACUAAAUGGAAGGAGCAUCCAGUCCCCGGCAACUCGGAUCUCUGAGACAGAUGAGCACAGCAGCUCCCAGAGAAACUCACUAGAAGAAGGAUUCAAGCCCGAGCUGAGGCCUAACUCUAUGUCUGGACUGAUCCCAGUUUACCCAGGAGGGGGUGAGGCAGGGGCACCUGUGCGAACGGCCAAAGCUGAACGACGGCAUCAGGAGCGAUUGCGGAUGCAGAGCCCUGAGUUCCUAAGUACCCAGGAGAAGGAGCUGUCUCCAGCUGAGCGCCGGGCCCUGGAGGCAGAGAAACGAGCCAUGUGGAGGGCAGCACGAUCCUCCACUCUUGAAGACAGUAUUAAACAGUACGAGCAGGAUCUGGCCAGGAAGCUCUACCAGUCCCGACAGCGGGCACCUGCACCAGGGGCCAGGCCAGCUCAGGUGUCUAGCCCAGGGCAGAGUCACGUCUCAAGAACCCCUGGGUCAGGAAGUCAAUCCAGGAUGAAGUCUCUGGAGCAGGAUGCCCUCAAAGCCCAGAUGGUGAUUGCCAAGUCCAAGGAGGGGAAGAAGCGCAGCACACUGGAACAGCUGGCUGAAUCGCCUUCACCUGCUCCCACCCCCUCCCCAACCCUUCCAGAAGAUUGCAGCCCCAGGAAUGUCACUUCACCAGGGAGGCUGUCCAUGUCUGAAAAGAAGUUUGACUACCGGGAAUUUGCUGCUAUUCCUUCUUCCAAACCAGUUUACGAAAUUCAGUCACCCGAAGCAGUUGGCAAUCUCAGAUACGUGGAUGACACAAAUAGCACAGUUCCCCAGGAGCAGGGUGGGCCUGCAGAGGAAGAGGAGCUGUUAGUAACUCACGAUUCCUCAACACCCACCACAUCAGCACUUGAAGAAAUGGCUCUGUACAGCAGCAAGCGCAAACUCCGGCACAGCCGUCGCAGUCUGGAGGCUGCUGUCCCCACAUAGAGGGCAACAGGACAGCCCAGCACAGGGCUCUUCACCUUCCUGCACUCCACAGACAGCACUGGACUGGGUCCCACAGCUGCCUCCUUGGCAUUGGCUGGGAACUGCGCACCCAGGAGGCGUUGUGGUUAACUAACUUCCUUUAGGCUGUGAACCUCCUUUUUCUCUCACUACCCACAGUGCACUGGGGCAUGUGCUGAACAAAACAGGACAGUGCUGGACUUGUAGAUGUCUGACAGGGGAGGGGGGGCAGGGCAGUGGGCAGCAGAAGUUUGUUAGUCUGUAAAUAGUAUGUGUGUGUGUGUGCGCGCAUGUGUGGGUGUGUGACGCUGCACCUGUUAUUCCCUCCUCUUGGGUUUUUCAGUGGCUACUAUGGGGGCUUUGUUCUGAUAUGACUUAGCAGAAGGGCCAGCCCUUUACUCCCUUCUAAAUCCCACUGAUUUGUCAAAAGCCAGCUCCCCCCCAACCAUGGAGUGUCAUGUCCGUGCAGAGGCAGGGAUCUGUGACAUCUCUAGAAUGCAUUGUCCCCAUUCCACUCCACCACCAGGCCAAUAGUCAUCUGGCUUGUUGUGACGCUGUUCCUCUGGCAACAGCUCUGCCCCCCCAGAUGCACAUGUAAUUCCUGUAGCAUAGGCUGAGGUCCAUUCUAGGCAAACACACUACAUGGGGAGGGGGACAUGUGGGGAACAGGUGCUGACUGUCCUGUGUGAGAGUAGCAUACAUGAGCUGGAUGAACUAGAGCAGAUGGGAGUGCAAGGCUAUAGCAGUGUGUGCAUGUGACAGCAGUAGGGACAGACUAGUUGGGGAUUAGAAUGUGGUGACACAGCAGUAGGCGGUACAAAUAAGGAGACAGUGGGGGUAAGGUUAUAGUAUAGGGUGCAGGGAGUAAGGUGGGAUAUGGAUUGGCUGGGGUCAGGGUGCAGGAUGAUGAUGGUACACAGAGAGUGAUGGUGGUGGCAGCAGAAGGUGGUGGCUCUCUGUGUUGCCCAUGACCACUGAAGUAAAAUGUGAGUUUUAAGGGAGGUUGGAGCACAGACAAAGUGAGCACCAUGCAGGGAGAUAACGGAUAACGAGAUAUGCCGCGCACUAACUACACACCCUACAGUCUCUCUCUGACAACUUGGUGGCGUCCUGACGCUUUACCUACAGAUUAGGGCAGACAAGAGAUUCUUUACACAUGCACCAAGGACGUUAUUGCUGGCUUCCUGCCUGGAACAAAGGCUCUGUCAGCCUCAGUACCAAGUGAACCCAAGGAUCUGGGCCAGUGACUAGGGGCCUAUGUCUACCAGUGAAAUUAGUGUUUCUCUUGUUCUUACUGCCCUCCGCGAGUUAAGCAGCCCUUAUCCACACACGCCCCAAAUCAAAGCAAGGCAUCUGAGCUUGGGCUUGGCAAUGGUCUGAGUGAUCUUUCCACUCCCUCUAACAAAUCGGUGCUCUCUUAUUUGCUGAUGCCGCCAGCAGUAAGCCCAGAGUUGGCCCUUAAUCCUCCCAGUGCCAGGAUGUGACUAGGGAGUGGAGGGCACUUCUGCUUGUACAUUUACUAAAUGACUGGAUGCGGUUUCUUUUAGUUGAGAAUCUCCUCUCAUCACACCAAAUCACAUGGCUCAUUUUCACUGAAUUGAUAUGUUUAAUUUUACAGGGCUUGGACAGGGGGAAAUCCAAUAAUCUAUCAAACUGCAGCCAUGGCUGCUGCCAUCAUCAGCAAUUUGAGCUUUUCCUUUUUAAAACCUCAUUUUAGUAUUUGCUUUUUAACAAAAGCAAUUUCUGGAAACAAUCAUGAAUUGGUUUUGGUGACUAACUUGUGAUUUUCCUUUCCUUUUGCGGUACCUGGGUGCCAGGCUCUGAUCUCUCUCCUCUCCUGAGAGAUGCAGAGGAAAAAUUAGCUCAUCAAGACUGUAACUAGUGAAAUUUGUACAACCAAAGAAAUCUAUUUUGUGGUUCAAGGAGAAUAAAGUUUACUUUACAUUUUA